AAUACUUCCAGGCAUCCGUUGUAUAGCAAUUCGCGCAUGCGCAGUGCGCAAAAGUAGUAGCGUGUUUUUAGCUCAACACACGUGCAUUCACCGGAGGAACGACUGCUUGCUGCACCAGUUUUCAGAUUGUCUGCUGUUGUAACACUAAAUAUGGCUACAAGACGUAGUACAAGAAAGAGCCAAGUCACAAGUGAAGUUAUGGAAGAGGAGGACAAUGUUCAAACUGUUGUUGCAGAAGGACAGACUGAGAUCGUCUCUUCAAGCAACCAACUAGUCGUAACAGAGGAGGAUGCUCCCAAGGAAAACCAAGAUGAACAAGAUCCCCAGAAGGACGAUGUCAUUGAAGUAAAAGGGAGUACUUCUACUGUGGAUGUAUCCACAGAAAAGAGAACCAGCGUCAGUGAUCAGAUGAUGGACAGCGAAGAAAAAAGUGAGAUCGUCCCUUCUGCUGAAGCAGUCGUCUCCACAGAGGCUGCCCCCAGUGAGAGUACAGAUGUGAGGCAGGGAUCUGAAGAAUCUCAGAUGGACAUUGUUGCUGGAAGCACAGCCGCAGUUACUGUAGCCUGGGAGAAGAAGAGUGAGGAGGGAGAGAGCAACGGAGCUUUAAAGGAAACCAACGGAGCAGAAGAGAUUGUUGCAAAGACUCCAGUAAAAGGGAAGCGGAAGGCCAGCUCUGCAGUGGAGGAGUCCCCACCAAAGAAAACUAAGCUCAUCAAUGAUGGUUAUUGUCUUUUUGUUGGCAACCUGAACAAGUCCAAGACAUUUGAUGAGGUCAAGGACUCGUUAGCUAAUUACUUCAUGACACAAAGUCUCCUGGUUCAAGACAUCAGAUUAGACCGGUCCAGAAAACACGCAUUUGUAGAUCUGGCCUCAGAGAUGGACUUGACCAAAGGCUUGACGCUAAAUGGAGUAUUGAUGAAUGAUCUGCCCCUGAAGGUUGCAAGAGCAAAAGUCAAAAGUGAGGUUAAGGUGAAGGUGAAACCUUCCGCAGAGGAGAAAAAAGCGGAGAAAAAUAGCAGAUGUUUGUGGGUGAAGAAUGUCCCGUACGAAGCAACAAAAAAAGAAAUUCUGAAAUUGUUCAAACUGGCAACCUGCAUUCGGUUUCCCGAUGGAACAGAGACCCCAACAAAAGGCAUUGCCUACGUGGAGUUUGCAAACAAAACUACUGCAGAGAAAGUGUGGAAGCAAAAACAAGCAGUCAAGAUGCGUGGUCGGGUUUUGAUUGUGGAAAAAGUCGGAGAAAAGAAUGGGAAAGUCGCCAAAACGGAUGAAAACAAAAACAGCAAUAAAGCUGCAGCUCCUCCAAAUAAAACCUUAUUUGUGAGCAAUCUGCCUUUCAAUGUGCCAGAAAAAAACCUCAAGAAUGUCUUUGAGAAAGCCAUUAGUAUCAAUCUGCCUAAAAGCCAAGGCAAACCAAAAAGAUAUGCGUUUGUCGAGUUUGCAACUGCGGAAGACGCACAUAAGGCCCUGCAGUCAUCCCAGAAAGUGACAAUUUCAGAAAGGGAGAUCAAAGUACAAUUCUGCAACAAGGGAGAAGGGGCUGCGAAGGCAAAGGACUCCUUAAAAUCUUUGAUCGUAAUGGGUCUCGCCGGGAAGACGACUGAGGAGACUCUUAAAAGUGCUUUUGAAGGAGCUUCAAGUGCAAGAGUAGCAAUGGAUAAAGAGACAGGAGUUUCAAAAAAGUUUGGUUUUGUGGAGUUUGAGAGUGAAGAGAGCUGCAAAGCUUGUAAAGAAGCCAUGGAGGACUGUGAGAUCGAUGGCAGCAAGGUGACGGUGACUUAUGCAAAGGUCCAGGCUAGGAAAGGUCCAAAACUCCCCUCCAAGACUCCUCAGGCCCCUGUUGAGAAGCCUGCAGGUGAGGGGGCAGGCAAACGCAAACCAAAAAAAGGAAAAAAGAAAGGUAAAAAACAGGGAGCUGCCGCGCCACAGGAAGCUGUUAAAGAAGUGGAAAAUAAAGGCUAACGUGACUGGGAAAAGUUCUGUAGAAAUUAAUCUCAACAAAAAAUGUGUUUUGAUUAUGUAAAGGUGUGAAAAUGUGAACAGCGUUGUUAGUCCUACCUAAUUGUAAGACACGUGACACCUUGUAGAUGAUCAUCUAUUUGACUUUAAACCUUCCACUUAACUUUUAUGAACACAUGUUAAAAACUUCAACUUGUUAUCAAAUGUUGUUAAAAUAUGACUCCUGAAGAUAAAUAUAUUUUAAUCCCCCGCCA